AUAUCUAUAGAUCAUCCAAAUAAUUCUCUCUUCAUUUGCUUUGCUUUGUUUUGUUUCUCUGUAAGCGAAAAUGGCAUUUGUCACCGCCACAGCUGGUGUUCAAGUUCUGAUCAAGAGUCUACCAGACACGUUCUGGACUAAAAUUCAAGAUUCCGCAAAUUCUUUUCCUGAAGCCGCACCAAACCUAUAUUCAUCAAUUGCUGUCAGCGGCACGGGGGUACGCAAAGUCGAGUAUGGCCCAGAUUCUCAGAAUAUCAAAAACUCGUCUGAGCUUAUCACUGAAAACAGUCGGGGAAAAUUAGCUUACACUGUAACGGAUGGUGAUAUCCUCCAAAAAUAUAAAGUCAAAACCUUCCAGGCUGAAAUAAUUUACCCAAAUACUGGCAAAUGGGUGGAAUGGAUCUGGACCUAUAACUAUCUCCCAGAGGAUAAAACAAGGAUUCUUGAACUUGAUGAAGAGAUUGCAGUGAUUACAGUGAAGACCCUGGCAAAACUUGAUAGCUAUAUUCAAAACAAGUUAACCUAAAUUGCAUGGAUGACCUUCAAGCACAUAUAUAUGUAUAGUAUGUAAAUAAAACAGAGCCUUGCUCUGCACUCAUCCAUGCAUGUCUGCUAGAUUAUUGUGUCUGUGUGUGUACCUAACAAUGUGCUACGUGUGGUGUAGUAAUAAAUAAAGCAGAGUCCUAUGUAUGCUUAAUGCUCUGCACUUUAUCCUAUAAUUGUCUGCGUUAUGCUAUGUACUUUUCUCCAUUAAAAUAAAAUCCAGCUUUAGCUGGUUCAUGUGGUA